GCUGCGCAUCGAUUUGACACCUCAGUCGACCCUGUGAUCCUACGCAGAUAACUUUGUGUUUGCCGGACCAGUGAUGUAGUGUUAAAAUGUUUCCUCAAUUGAAAAUAUUAAUCUUGUCCAUAGCAGUUCUCAGUUGUGAAGCUCAUUUAAGAUUCCUCGGCGAUGCAGUCUCUAAUACUCAUGAUGCUAUACACUCCGCAUUUCAUGGAUUCGCUGAUGCUAUUCUUGGUAAGCAUGGACCUUCAAAACAUGAACAACCGGCUAAAAAAGAAGAAAUUGUGAUUAUAAUAAAGGAUGAAACCAAUUCAAAUAAUAGAGGGCCUUACGGCUCAGGCCCUCCCUCAUAUGGACAAUCACCAUAUGGGCCUCCACCAAAUGGACAACCACCAUAUUAUGGGCCUCCACCAAAUGGACAACUGUCAUAUGGGCCUCCACCAAAUGGACAACCACCAUAUGGGCCUCCACCGAAUGGACGACCACCAUAUGGGCAUCCACCUAAUGGACAACCACCUUAUGGGCCUCCGCCGAAUGGACAACCACCAUAUGGGCCUCCACCAAAUGGACCUCCACAUAACGGACGACCACAUUACGGACCUCCACCCAGUGGACCGCAAUAUUCCCACCCACCACCGCCACCUCAUGACUAUCAAAAUGGCGAUAGACCGUAUUACGGACAAAGACCCAACAAUGGCCCGCCACAAAACUUUAACAACGGCUAUAACCAACACGGAAGUUAUGGCAAUAAUCAGAAUGAUUUUAAUAACGGACAAGCUACGAAUGAAUAUUCAAAUAACAACCAAGGUAACAAUAAUUAUAAUAACCAACCCAAAAGAGACGACUAUCCAAACAAGAAUCCAAACAAUGGUUAUGAAAAUAACAAUGAAACUGAUAAGUGGACCACCAAAAGACCUGAUUCAGUUCCGAAUGAAGGGAAUAAGGGAUCUAAUGACAACGACAAUCCUACCUUUAUUCCACUUGACGACUACACGUACAAUGGAGACAAAAACACGGCAGAUCCUAAGCGUGAAACCAAUAAAAAAACAGAAGAGAAUGAAGACGAUUCAGAUGGUAGUGGUCUUAUAGAUAUAAGACUUAAAGCCAAAUAAAUAUAUAUAUGAAUAAUAAUAAAUAUAUAAAGAGUGAGACAAUUAAAUGAAUUUAGAAAAGGACUUUAAUGCAAGUGCAAUGAGAAAAUGAACUAAUUAAUCUGGAUAAGUACAAGACUGGACACUAGCAAUAAAAUAAUUUGGCUUCUUUCUUCCUUUUGGUUACAUUAACGUAAAAAAUUCUAAACAUAUCUAUUAUUAAGUUAUUACCUAACUAAAAAUAUUUUUUAAAGUGCAUAUUACCGAAUUUUUAUUGAUAAGUUAAUAUUUGUAUUUUUUAAUAAUUAUUUAGACAAUUAAAUGAGUAAUAGAACAACAA